AUGUUGGAAAGCAAAUCUAUAUUUCUAUUCCUAGCAUUUCAGUUUUUCAUAAUUUCUGAUUCUCAUGAAUUAAAAUCCGCAGCGCCUCUGACUAAUUCAGAAGUAUUAUUUUUGAAGAGAUGUUGGACUUUUUUACCGAGAACGUAACGUUAAAAAUCACAAGUAUCACCAGAAAAAAACCCCACAAAAUUUUGCAGAUUAAUGAAGUUAUACAGUAGUAAUGGAGUGAUAGAAAACAUUAUUAGUGAAGUUAAUCAAUAUGUUUCGAAUAAAACUUCUCAACGAUUAUUGAAUGAUAACGGGUGGCAGUUGUCAGUUUGUGGAGAACAAGUUUUUUGGGAUUCUGAACGAGGUAUAUUUUUUUUAAUGAAAUUUUGUGCAGCUUUUGGGGUCAUACCCGAUGGACCACAGCGCUCCAUUUCAAAAUAAUUUUUGAGAGAAAUAAAGUUUCAGAUAUUGCUUAGCAUAGUCGAUUUACUAAAAGUACAUCAAUAAAAAACAUUUUUUCAAAAAAAAAUUUUUUUUUAUUUUUCGGAUGAAAAUUUUGCAGAUUUUUGGGCUCUCAAAAGUUUAAAAAUUGGCUCAGUAAACACAUCAUAACUCAAUUUUCGAUGAUUUUUAUGAAAAACUGACUAUCAAAUAAUCAUCAGCGUGGUCGAUUUACCCAAAAACCAACAAUAUAUCAAAAUUAAAAAAAAAUUUUUUUGAAAAAAUAUUUUUUAUUGAUGUACUUUUAUUAAAUCGACUAUACUGAGCAAUAUCUGAAACUUUAUUUCUCCCAAAAAUUAUUUUUGAAUUUUUGAGGUUCAUACAACCCCAAAAGCUGUCCAUGGACAAAUUUCCCAACAAAGUGUUGAGUAAAAAACUUUCACAUCAGGUGGAGUUCAAGAAAUGAAGGAAUUUUCAAGAUUUCUUAUUUUUGAACGUGAAAAAUACAUCAGAACUGAACUAAUCCAUAAUCCCAAAAUUUCAUUGAUAAAAGAAGACAAUGAAUAUUUCGAAUUCUCGAUUGACUACGAAGUGACAAGUUUAAUGAGUGUAACGUUCAAAAAGAAGAUCACAAUUCGAGCUAGACGUUUCUAUUUUCGUCAUGAAAUCACUCCGUCUUACCAAUGGUAUGUAACUCACAUUAAUUUCGAUGGUGAAUGUCAUAAAACAACGAAAUAUAUCAAAAGUACAUGGGAAUCAACUAAAAAUCAAACCAGUAAUGAGAGAAAUAAUGGGCCAGAAUUUGUGGAGCGGUUUCUUGCAGUGUACGUGAAGUUUUUUAUAGAUUUUUUUCUAGCUCUUUUCAGACUAUUUGACGGAAGAGCUUUCGAUGAAAAUUCCAAGUAUUUAUCGAAUAAUUUUGAAAUGCUUGCGCAAAUCGGAAAUCUAACACGUUUUUCAAAAGCUAACGCUCAUAUUUUCUUCAAUUACAUUCUACAACGAUACUCCGUCGAAUCCAUUCAAACCGAAUUUCUCGCUGAAAAUGUUGAUCAAGUAGUUUUCAACACUUUCACCAAGUUUACAAAUCGAGUUUAUCGAAAAAAGACGAAAUGGAGUUUUCAAAUGGAAGCAAUUUAUGUGAGCCUAUUUUAAUAAUUGUAUUUAAAAGGAAAUCAAUUUUAGAACAUUGAUGAUGAUGAAAAAUGGAAAAUAACAAGAAUUUUUGUGAAUCAUCCAUCAGAUCAAUUCAUUUACUCUGAAUUGGAAUGGAAUUUUGAAUACUUUGUUGAGCAUACGGUGACAAUCAAGAAAACGUGAGAAACACUUCAAAUCUUGAUCAACCAAUGGACCUCUGAGCCAAGUUUUGGGCUCUAAAAAUUUCAAAAUAAUUUUUUUCGGGAGAAAUGAAGUUUCAGAUAUUGAUCAGCAUAGUCGAUUUACUAAAAGUACAUCGAUAAAAAACAAAAAAAAAUUUUCAUUUUUUUUUUCGAAAAUCAGAAAUUUUUUUGAAAAAAUAUUAUUUAUUGAUGUACUUUUAGUAAAUCGACUAUGCUGAGCAAUAUCUGAAACUUUAUUUCUUUAAAAAAUUAUUUUGAAAUUGAGCAAUUUUUGAACUUUUCAGAGCCCAGAACAUGGCUCAGAGGUCCACUGGGUAACUAAAAACCCCAAAACCUGUCCAUAGACAAAAAAUUUCACUUUUUAGGAUCGAAAAUAUUGGGAGAAAUAAAUUGGAAGAACUCGAGAAGCUUAGAAAUCAUUUAAGAUAUCUUAAAAGUUUCACUGAGACAAGGUUUCACAAAGGAUUGUCGAUGAAUAUACAAGAAAAAGUGUUGGAAAUUUUCAAACCUGAAAAUAAUUUGAAGUUGUACAAAUGUGAAAAUUAUUAUCCGGAAAAAAAGUUGAUUCAAGAAAAAUAUACAUUCCAAAUCAAAUGCUGGUGGAAAGAUCAAUGGGGAAUUGCAAAAAUCACACGAGUGAACAUGACAUCGGUAAUCAAGAAUUUAUCGAAUCAUAUAGUUUCAGUUGAACUUGUGCCAUCGGAUUUUGUUCGGAACAAUAUUCAGGAUUUUUUUGUUAAUGAUGAAAAUGAUGAGAAAACAGGGGUGGCUGAAGUGAUCAGUGAAUUGUGAGUAAUAGAAUUUUGAAUGGAUGAAUGAGCUAAUAAUUUCAGACUUCUAUCCCAAGACGAACUGAAUUCUUCAUCUUGGAGAAAUAAUACAAACAAACUGAAAAAAAUGAUGGGUUCUUCCGAAUUUCAAUUUUAUGUAUGCAGUUUUGAAGUGCCCGACAUUUUUCGAUUUUUAGAAAAGCGUCGCAGGAAAGUAAGAGUAACUGAAAACAAAUAUUAUGUAUUCAAUAUCACAAAUUCGAGCAAUUCGAAUUAUUUUGAGUUUACUCUUCGGAACUUUCCAACAAGUUUCAUGAGUUUCGAAUAUAUGGAGACGUACAGAAUACAAGUGCAGAAAAACAAUUCGUGGGAAAUUAUGCGAAUCGAUUUGAUGGAUCAUUGUAUCAGUGAUAGAAUCAAUAGACCAGCAGAAGUGGGAUUAUUAGCAAUCGAUACAGCUAAUAGUAGAGAUAAUUUAGAUGCGUCACAUCCACUGCAUACUUUGAUUUAUACUUUGCAUUUGGAUAAUUUCAACGAAUCAGAUUAUUUUUCGAAAUUUGAGGCGAUUAUUGAAACGAAUGACAAUGCUAGUGAAAUUUAUGAUCUUACCGAUUUUAUCAAAUAUUUAAAAGUAUUUUCGAAUAUUUAUGAAUUUACUCUAUAUAUGAAUCAUUACAUUGUUUUUGAAAACGAUUAUAUUGUUAUACGACAUUGGGUGGCGUAUAAUUUAGUAUUAAGAGAUCGACGAAAAACGGAUAGAAAAGAUGAAUUUGUCUUUUUGAUUGAAGCGUUUUAUGUGAGUUCCAACAAUGUUGACUUCAAAUCUAGCUUUUGCCGUCAUAAGAACACUCUUAAAAGUUCAAAAAAUGCUCCAUUUCAAAAUAAUUUUUAUAAAAAACAAAGUUUCAGAUAAUGAUCAGUAUAGUUGAUUUACUAAAAGUACAUCAAUGAAAAAAAAAAUCAAAAAUUUUUUUCGAAAAAAUAUUUUUUACUAAUGUACUUUUAGUAAAUCGACCACGCUGAUCAUUAUCUGAUAGUCAGUUUUUCAUAAGAAUCAUCGAUAGUUGAGUUAUGAUAACUUUAAUGAACCAAUUUUUGAACUUUUGAGAUACUGACAAGGGAACCUUUUUUACUCAACACUUCAAAUGUUGAUGCAAUUUUGUCAUUGGACAGAUUUUGGGGUCAUAAGAACACCCCAAAAAAUUAGUCUCCCAAUGGACCUCUGAGCCAAGUUCUGGGCUCUCAAAAGUUCAAAAUUUGACUCGCAAAAGUCAUCAUAACUCAAUUUUCGAUCAUUUUUAAGCGUGGUCGAUUUACCCAAAAAGCAUCAUCGAAAUUUCAGAAAAAUUUUGAUUCCGGAAAAAAAGUAUGAACGGAGUUUUCAUGAAUUUUCAGCCGAAAAAUAAAAAUUUUCAAAAAAAAUUUUUUUUUAAAUAAAAAAUUUGUGAAAAAUAUUUUUAUUGAUGUACUUUUAGUAAAUCGACUAUGCUGAUCAAAGAUUUGAAGUGUUGAGUAAAAAAGGUUCCCUUGUAAAAGAAUUUCUCAUCAUACAGAACAAUGAUAUACAUCGCUGGCAAUUUGUGAAAAUUGUGUUAACUCGUCCCGCUGAUGAGUUGUACAAUGCGUCGGAACAGUUCGAACUUGUUGAACGUUCACGUGAGAGAUAUAUGGGUUGGAUUGAUGAAAGGUUUUUAUCCAACCAACCAGAACUAAAACAUUUUUGUUCUUUUCCAGAUAUAACAAAGCUUUCAAGAGUGUUGAAAUUGACGAUAUUGCAGACUAUGAUGGCAGCCUUGCGUGCAAUACAAAUUAUGAUUCAUUGAAUGUUCAAUUUUUCCAAAAAUAUUUAUCAUAUGUGAAAAACGUUGUGAAUCAAUUGUUUUUGGUUGGUUUUUUAAGGGGGGCUCCCCAAGAGAAGUAAUUUACUACUUCAAGUAAAACCUUCAAGGGAUUCUUUCCCGAAACGUCUAGGAAGAAUUGUUUAACACGAGAGUUCCAGAGAAACCGAACAAGAUCCGAAUUGGAGAAACAAUACAUUCGCUCUUUUGAUUUCCAGUUCUCCGAUGUGUAUAUCAUCGAUGAUGGUGAAAAAGGCUUCACCGUCGAUUAUUAUGUUAAAUAUGUGAGAGAAGUUGGUUUUUGAAACAAAAACCAAGAUAUUUCAGAAUCAAAAGUUCAACAGCUAUCAAGUUACAAAUAUCAAUUUGAGUUGUGUUGUCGAUUGGAGACUAGAGGUACAUAUUGGUGAACUAAUGCAGUGAUUUACGGAAUAGAAACGCUUUUUAACGUUAAAAAAAACCAAAAAAAGUGAUUCAUGAACGGUAUUUUUAUUCAUUUGUUUCACUCACCAUUUUCUCAACACACUGAAUAAAGUGAAGCUAAAACGCAUUUUAGUGUCGAGAAAUGUCAUCCCAAGCUCUUUCAACAUACAUAAAAUGGGUCCCCAGAAUCAGGGUGAGGAGCUUAACUUUUUUUUUAAUCGGAAGGGAAGGGUGCCUAACUUGGCCAAUUUUCUGCUGAUAAUUUACCAAAAUUCCCAGAUUUGUCCAAAAUUCGCUCAAAAAUGUGAGGAGGGACCCCAACUUUGAAAACUGACUUGGGGGACCUAUUUUAUGUAUGUCUUUCAAUAAGUCUAAUAGACAAAUCAAGCCUUCAAAAUCGAAUUGUUGAUUUUCGAAAAUCACCAAAUACAUUUUUUGAGAGAAGUGAGGCUUGAUUUGUCUUUUAGGCUAAUCAGAAGGUCUUAAAAUAGCAAUUCUGGACACUAAAAUGCAUUUUAGCUUCACUUGGGAAUGUGUUAUGAAAAUGGUGAAAAAAUGAAUAAAAAUACCGUUCGUGUAUCACUUUUUUGAUUUUCUUAACGUUUAAAAAACGUGUUUUUUAUUUCGUGAAUCACUGAACCCUAUUAUCUUUCUGUACCCCCUUCAUUUUCAGAAUUUCGCACAUCGGUUUCCCCUAUUUUUCCCACCUUAUGACAGAUUGAAGAGUGCAUAUGGAAAAAUCACAUUUUAUUACACUGACUCGUAUUGCGGAACAAAUUCCGUGGAAAAAUUUGCCAGUUACUUGCCAACGCCACGUGGAUUUGGUAUGGAGUGCGAAAAAAAAACGUGAUUUUUAAGAUGCAAUAUUAUUUUCAGAACAGUCAGCGAGUCAUUGUUGUGCGCUACAUGAUGAUUGCUAUGAUCAUCAUCUAGGUCAAACAUAUUGUGAUGAUUCGUUUUCUUCUUGUCUGGCGGGCAAGACACAUUUACUUGCGGAUCAAGCAUUUUACAUGCUUGUCAAACAUUUUGGAGAUGAAGCAUAUAAAAACGCUGAUAGUGAGCAAUAACCUUUCUUACUCAACACUUCAAAUCUUGAUUUUAGUUACCCAAUGGACCUCUGAGUCAAGUUCUGGGCUCUCAAAAGUUCAAAAAUUGCCAAAAUUGGCUCGUAAAACACCUCAUAACUCAACUCUCGAUGAUUUUUGUGAAAAAAUGAAUCGCAGAUAAUGAUCAGCGUGGUCGAUUUACCCAAAAAGCAUCAAUUAAAUUCGAAUUUUCAAAAAAAAUUUCGAUUUUCGAAAAAAAAAAAUUUUAUUUGAAAAAAUAUUUUUUAUUGCUGUAAUUUUAGUAAAUCGACUAUGCUGAGCAAUAUCUGAAAUUUUAUUUCUUGUAAGAAUUAUUUUGAAAAGUGCUCUAUUCUAAAAUAAUUUUUGAAAGAAAUUAAGUUUCAGAUAUUGAUCAGCAUAGUCGAUUUACUAAAAGUACAUCAAUAAAAAACAUUUUUUCAAAAAUUUCGAAGUUUUUUUUAUUUUUCGGCUGAAAAUUCAUGAAAACUCAUAUUUUUCUGUGAAUUUAAUUUAUUCAUGCUUUUUGGGUAAAUCAACUACGCUGAUCAUCAUCUGCUACUCAGUUUUUCAUAAAAAUCAUGGAAAGUUGAGCAUGAGCAAAAUUUUGAAUUUUGGAGAGCCCAGAAUUUGGCUCAGAGACCCCAAAAGCUGUCUAUGAACCAAAUAAAUAUAAGCGAUAGAUAUACUGAUUUCAGGUCAAAUUGGUCAUAUUUAUGAAUUCCGCGACGAAAAAUUGAAUUCUGAAUUCAAUAUUGUUCGAUUUCAUUGUCCACAACACAAAAAUGUUUUCUCAUCGUGUAUUAUUCAAUUUGAAAUUUGCACGAAUCGACAAAUCUUCGAUUGUCCCAAAAAGGUAUAAAAAGGUAAUAUAUAAUAAAUCUAUAAAAACAUUUCAGACUGACUAUUGCUACGAUCGAUACUACGAAAUUUGCAAAGAAAAGGUGAUUUGCAAAAAAAAAAUUAAUUGAUUUGAGAAAUUUUUAGUUGGCGAACUGUCUUCGAAAACUUCGUGAUAAAUAUCGAAAAAAAUUCGAGGAACAAAACAGAUGGGGAAACUAUUCAAAAUGUUCCAACAUAAUCAAAUCUUUCAACAAAAACAUUUUGGGAUUUGAAGAAUCGCAAAUUCGGCUUACAUUCAAUGAUUGA